CUUUGUCCGCCCCCAAUCGUAACACUUGAUCACCAAACCACAGCCUGAACAGCGCUGUGUGUUGUCUACAUAGUUCUUGCUCGAGUAUAUUGACAUGUUGCACCUAAAAUGAAGAAGCCCAUCCAAGACUAAACACUACCAUCGGGCGCCGCACCAACACUGCACGAGUCAAUAUGUUUGCACGCCGCGGCACUCGGCUGCAAGGCCUGUCCAAAUUGUAUUCCGAUGCCAAACAGUCAUAUGAGAAUACCAGAGUCAGCCCGGCCGUCGCAAAUAUCACAGAAUCACCCGAACUUAAGGAAUUACGGCGUGGCUUCCAGAUUCAACAGGAUAGAUUGCUGGCUUGGGGCUUGCACUGGGCCGACAAUGGCCCUCCUGACUCCAAACAUGCGGAUGUCGAUAUCGACAAGAAGAUCAAUGAAGCAGGAUUGGGUGACGUGGUCAGCAGCGUUAUUACCGAGAUUCAGGGAAUCACCGACGAGAUCAGACGGAUGGGGGAUCGUGGAAGACGAUCCGAAAAGAACCUGGCGGCUCUGAGAGACCCCGAGUGGACCGUUCACGAGAUUCGAACACGAAAGUCAUUACUCGUUCGACUGACCGAGUGCCUCGACCUUCUCUACAGUCUGGAAGAGACAAGGGCAGCGGACGAGAAGGCAGAUGCCAAAAGACAAAAGCACGCGCACCAGUCUUCCGAAGCUACAGCCAACACCGACGUCUACGAUCACCCUCUUCAUAUCGACUUCGGAAGCCUGGAAUUCAAUGAUUAUACUUCGCAAGCAGCAGAUCCUCCACCCUAUGAUCCCUCCAGUGGUGCGGCUUCUAUCAAAGAGAGGUCGACGGCUUAUUACCGUGCUGCAUCACAGUCUGUCUUGGUCGAUUACCUUCCGGCCGACACUCCUUUGUACAUUAUCGGAAGCGCCGAUGAUGUAUUCGAGGUUCACGAACUUGGUGAAGAACUCUGUAAGAACAUAUCAUUGUCAUGGUGCGGCCACCUCAGACUCCUGGGCUUCACCGUCAAUCCUGCCGGGCCACGUUGCGCCAUGGUCUAUGCCUUGCCAGAAGGCCAUGACCACCAAACCUUACAGCAACAUCGGACCUUGAGCUCUCUCAUCACUGCGACAGCAAGCGACCUUAGUCAGGAUGCUGUGCAACCACCUUUAGAGGAUCGCUUUCGACUGGCUUACAAUCUGGCAUUGUCAAUCAUGGGUUAUUUCGCCCAUGGUGAAACACAUCAGCACAUAAAUGGCAGCAACUUCCUCAUUUUGGGCUCGAGCGAGCAUAUGCAUCGCACCAAGUCACCCAAGGAGAUGAGAUCUCCAUAUCUGCUACAGUCUUGUCAGGACUUCCUGUCACAAUCAGAAACGUCCGAGUCCUUCGCAACCCAUAUUUACAGACAUCCGGAACACGACGCUCGUGCUUCAGAAGUCGUUCCUGCCUAUGACAUCUAUAGUCUUGGACUAUUGUUGCUAGAAAUCGGUCUGUGGAUGCCUCUUUCCAGGUUUUGGAAACCAAAGUACAACCGCACAUUGUUCAUGGACAGGAUGCGGAGGAUAUAUUCGCCUAAGCUAGCCUCCAAGUGUGGAAGCAGGUAUAUGCGUGUCGUCAAAAGGUGUUUGGAGGCACCAGCAGAAUUGCAAUUCAGAAACAACUAUGAGGAUGCUGGAUCAUUCCUGUUGCAAGUUCUCAAAGACCUGCAGCAAUGCUGUGCACUGGACGAGAAUCCGCCUCCGCCUUCCGAUAUCGAGACCUUCGAGUUGUUAUUGAUCGAGCAAAUGUACAAGGCGGAAACAAAAGCCGAUGAGGAGAAAGCCAAGGCCAAAAGUGCAGACUUUGAAAUCAAACCACCGCUGCCGAAAAGAGCACUGUCGAAACGCAAAAUAGAUACCAUUCAGCAGCCGCCCGAGCCGGUCGAGACUUCUUUGCGCAAGUGGCCCCAAGUCGACAUCCCGCAGGAAGACCUUGAUCAAUGGAACACGGCUCUGAUGCCGAAAUUGGGCAGAAUACUGCAAAAUGCCCUGAAAGAUUCCCCAGAGUCAUGCAGCUUGAGUCUGAUGAUGUUUGGCUCCACGCCAGAGAAAGCAAGGACCACAAUAUGCGUACAGUGUCCUCAGGUCAACAAAGUCCGCGACAUUUUGAGACAGGGCUUAAAGUUGAAGAAAGGUUGGGGUCUUGUUCUGCUCAACGGCGAAGUUAAGAGAAGUGGUAAGAGGAAAAGUGCCAAACGAUCGGGCUACAAUUCCAGACGCCAAAGCUCCAAAGUACUAGCACGAAAACCACGCGAGCAAAAGUUCCAACAGUAUCCUUCGAACGGCGCGAGUAUCGGUGCCUACAAGGACAACGAGCACCUGCCGCCAGUGUCGUUCGGCGGAACCAUCCUCGUCGACGGCGAGCCGUUUGGAAUGACAGUGCACCAUAUGCUUGACGUCCCCAGCGACGAUGAAGAAGAUGAUAAACCCAUCAUCCGCGAGCAGCCAAGACGAUCCGCAGGCCACCGAACAAUUCCGGGACAAUUUGAUACCUCCGCUGAUGUCAGCCAGAUGGACUCCGAAGACGACCUUUCACGAUUUUCCGAUCUGGAAAUAUCCGACGACGAGUUUGACGGCAGCGAUGAUGAAAGCCAAGCCAGUACAAUCCGCCCCGACUAUUCUAUCAUGGACGCCGAUGGAAACGAGUUCUGGUUUCUAGAGGACUCAACACCCGAACUAGACGACGACGAAGGUUCUGAUGACGACGAUGUAUCGUCCUCAUCGAGUGAUGAUGUCGAUGAUGCAGCGAGUAUUGGCGAUAAGAUUGGCGUUGCGCCCUAUUCGGACGACGACUUCUGCGUGACGCAGCCGGCUAUUGAUGAUGUUGACGAGGACUUCUUUCCUAACGAAGAAGACCGUGACGAUGAUCAUCUGGCGAGUCAUUCGUUCGGGUACGUCUUUGCUAGUAGCGGGAUAAGACGUGUCAUCCGCGGCGAGAUGAAGCACGAAGUUGACUGGGCGCUGAUUAAGGUGCAUGAAGAGAGGUUGAAAGUUGACAAUGCGAUGCCAGAGAAGAUGACUACAACUUCCUCGACAUCUGCGAAGGCGGGGCCGAAAGGUGCAAGCACGGACACAUCUACAGGCACGGCGAAUCAGCAACCUGUCUUGACCAAGAUCAUGCCGUUGGCCAAGCUGCCUGGACUGCAAGUUCACUGUCGCGGGCGGUCGAGCGGGUUCAAGAAGGGCCGGAUAUCGCAGGCCAUGGCACUGGUCAAGAUGCAUGGGCGCCAGUCGUUUUCGAUAUCAUGGUGCGUCGAGGGCGGGUUUGGUGUGCCCGGCGACAGUGGCGCGUGGGUGUACGAUCCGAUCUCCGGCGGCCUGUGUGGACAUGUCCUUGCAUGGGGCGAAAGGAGUAAGACGGCGUACAUUGCGCCGAUGGAGGUGCUGUUUGAGGAUAUCAGGGGACGAUUGGGCGCGCAGUGUGUCGAGUUGCCGGUCCCAGGGGCCUUGAGAAUGAGUGUUGGUGCUAGACAGAAGGAUGCGGGGAUUGUUAUUGAGACCAGCACGGCGUGUCAGGGUGAUGGUGGCACGGAUGGUGGUAAUCUCGCGGAGAAGUUGAGACGGCUGAAGAUCGAGAAGGAGACGACGAUGAGGACGUUGGUGAUGGCAGGGCCUGUUUCGUGAUUGUGAGCAUGAACUACCUAGUUACUUAGAGCGUGCAUUGGUGUUGGUGUUCUUGUCUAGCGCCUCGAUGCUGGUUUACGAUUGUGCUUGCACCGUACCUCGAUGAGGGCUGGCCGGGCACCCAAUACCACCUUGAUACCAAUUGAUAUAGUCUUCUUUUCCUUACAAUGCUAGCAGG